GCAGAGGCCCCAGCAGGACUAACCGUCUUGGGGAGGCGAGCACCCCCCUGAGCGUGCCUCACUUCUGGCCAGUUUAUUACUGCGACUCCAGUGCUGGGCCUGUCCAGAACUUCAGCCUGUACCCUUGUCCUCAAGGCUAUUACUGCCCCCUGGGCACAGCCGUGGCCACACACCCCAGCUGCCCAGUGGGCACUUACGGCCCUCGGAAGGGGCUGAGGAGCAUCACUGAGUGCCUGCUGUGCCCCGCUGGGAAGUUCUGUGCGCUGGCAGGGCUCGCAGCGCCCACAGGAGACUGUGCUGCAGGGCACUGGUGCAAGGGAGGAGCCACCAGCAAGGACCCCGCUGAUGGGGCACGAGGCCUCCUCUGCCCUGCUGGGCACUACUGCCUCGAGGGAGCUUCAGUCCCAGCCCGAUGCCCACCUGGUACCUGGUCUGAGGAAGGGAACCAAACCCCAGAAGGAUGUCAAGAUUGCUAUGGAGGACAACUCUGCUCUGGCAGCCACCCAUCAAUCUGGCCAGCACCCUGCCACCCAGGGUUUCUACUGCCCUGAAGGGACAGGGCUCAAUUGGCAGCCCUGCCCCCUGGGCACCUAAGGCCCAGUGCCCGGACUGGGCAGCCUGCCGGGAUGUGGAGUCUGUGACGGAGGCAGGUUCUGCCCCAGGGCCAGUGCCACGGAGGCGGGCAGACAGUGCUGGGAGGGCUUCUUCUGCUCCAGAGGGUCCACCCGGCCCAACCCGGAGGCUGGCACUGAAGAGGGGACUGGCCCAUGUCCUCAAGGACACUACUGCCCCAGGGGCUCAGCUGUGCCCCAGCCUUGCCCACCUGGCACCUUCGGCUCACGCGCCAAGCUCAGUUCAGAGGAUUCCUGCUCCCCAUGCCCGCCGGGCCACUACUGCAGCUCUGCUGGCCUUGCCAGCCCUCCUGGACUCUGCAGCACAGGUUUCUUCUGCCUCAGUGGGGCGCUCGUCCCCAACGGCUCCCUGGGAGACCAGGCCGGUGGCCCCUGCCCCACAGGACACUUCUGCCCCCCAGGCACUGCUGUCCCCAGGCCCUGCCUGGCAGGCACCCACAACGGCCUAGCUGCCCGAGGCCACUGUGAGCCUUGUCCAGAGGGGUGAGUGCAGAGAGGCCUUCCACGGCCCCACGUGUCCAGCUGGGCACACGGUUUGCAUUCCUGCACAGGAGGUGGCUGGAGCAGAUCUCGCUGAGAUUCCUUUCUGCCUGAGUAUUCUGUGACUUCAAGAAGACACAGAAGAACUUCCAUGACUUCUAGCUAGCUUGCUUUACGUCUCUUGAUCUCUUCGUUGUGCAUCACUGAGUCAUUCCUAAUUUCAGACCUGGGUCUCUUUUGCUUCAGUUUAAGCCAGUCAGCCUCCCCUUGAGUGCCUUGAGCUGGAGCAGAGCUGUGCCCAGCCAAGCGAUUGUUCCUGCGGUCUGUGGGGAGGCCAGCCCAGGAAGCCAUCUCCACACACCCCAGGCCAUUGGGUCACACAGCCCUCUGAGCUCCCCCCUCCUCGUCCUGUCUGUAGUUUCUUCUGCCCAGCAAAUACCUCCUCUGUGGUGGGGAACGAGUGUCCAGCCGGCCAUUACUGCCCUGCCUCCACCUCCUCUGCUUCUCAGUUCCCGUGCCCCAGGGGCACCUACAAGCCACAGGGAGGCGGUGUCCAGCAGUCAGACUGCAUCGUCUGCGAGCCAGGUAAGGGGGCAGGGAC